AUCACUACAGGCGCACCACGGAGUUCAAUAGUGUUGUGUUCUCGUCGCCUACUGCUUAAGCUGUCAGCCAGUGUGCAAGACAGACAGUUCGUAGCGAGCCACCGACGGUGAUCACACGUUGCGGAAACUCAUUAAUACCUCUUAUUAUUUCGAGAGCUCGUGCUGCCAUCAGACGCGCAGAUUGACCACACGAGUCGCUCGCAAAUUGCGGAUGCGUAAUCGCACGGGCCGCAUGAUUAGCCCGCAUCGCUCCUUGUUGCCACAAAAAUGUUAGAACGCUUAAGUGCUAGGAUUCGCGGCCCAUAACGUGAAGGAUUUGGCGAACACUGACGCAUCGUGAAAAUGCUCUCUUGAGUAGUGAUACGUCCAUGGUCUAUAAUUACGAAGUGACAAUAUAUGUACAUCAAUAAUGUGUUACACCUGCAGUUCCACGUAGACGGGACAAGAUAUAAGGACACCGACUAUCCCCGGACGUCGAGUCUCUACCCGGGGCAACUGGAACGUAUUAAAAUACGAUACAAGAGCCGUAUAUUGUACAACCUAUAACUACUUCGUGACAACCUGCGUACAUGUUCUGCUCGAUGUAGACUGAAGAAGAAAAUACACCAUCACAUUCUAAGCUAUCAAGUCUGCAUAUAGCUUAUCAGCCAAAACCGACUUGUUUGUUGUUUAUUGUGUUGAUCAUCCAUCAAUGUUUUGCGGCUCUAAUGAGCCGAAACCAACUAAGAAUGAUAGCAGUUUAUAUAUUUUGUUGAUCGUCCAUUAACGGUUUGCGGCACAUCACUAACACGAGUGCUACAUGACUUGCCGCAUCUGAUGUGGGAGUGAUUUCAUUAUAUCUUUGAUUUGUACUUGUUAGGUUUCGUGAUUUCAUUCGGUAUAUUUGAAGGUGCCAGUAAACAUCAUGUUCGCUUGUUUCUUUACGGUGAUCGUAUCGACUUUCCUCACCGUCGCUCGAACGCAGGCAGCUGUUGACGUUUACGAAGAGACAGGGGACUACAUCAUCGGUGGACUGUUACCAGUCUUCGAGGAAGGAGCUAGAUGCAACUUUUCUCUCCGGGAGCUGGAGACCCUGCACCGGCUGGAGGCCAUGGCCUGGGCCGUGAGGGGGAUCAACAACCGGUCCGACAUCCUGCCGGGGAUCCGGCUGGGGUUCCGGAUUUACGACACCUGCUCGUACGAGCCCACCACGGUUGCCAGAGCCACCCUGUUUGUGCCUGAUGCCAGCAUCAACCUGGGCGCACCGGCCUCGUGCAAUGACCCACCGGAGGACUGGAAGCCAGUUAUCGGUGUCGUCGGAGCAGAGAUGAGUUCAACCACCAAAGCCGCAGCGCAGCUGUUUGGUGUCUACAAAAUCCCCUUGAUCAGCUUCUUCGCCACUACGGAGGAGCUGAGCGAUUCCAACCGCUACCCUUACUUUCUGAGAAUGAUCCCCACGGAUGACCAGCAGGUGAAAGCCAUAAUAGCCCUCAUGGAGUAUUUUGAAUUUCACUACGUCUCCAUCAUUUACUCCGGCGACAGCUAUGGCCGGAACGCCCUCAACAACUUCCGAAAUAAUCUCGCCUACUCGAGUAAUCUGUGCAUCGGGGUGGAGUUUGAGAUCAGCACAUUCACGCUCGAAUUUGUCUUGGACAUUGUGGUCCAGUCCAUCAUAGACCAGGCAGACACAGCCAAAGUGUUGAUCAUGUUCACCCAGACCAACCACGCUAACAGGAUCUUGGCGAUCAUGACCAAGUUGGGGGCACAGGGUAAGCUCCAGAUAAUCGGCAGCGAUGGCUGGGGGAUGAGCAUCGGGGAGAUCAAGCUGGGGAACCGAGAGAUGGCCCGGGGAGCCAUCAAGACCCAACUACCCGACGAGGAGGUUCCGGAGUUCGAAGACUACUUCCAGACGUUGCUUAGAGCGAGCAACAACAGCCUUCCUGGGCACAAAAACCCUUGGUUGUGGAGGUACGUCCUCAGGUACCAACUGCACUGUUUCUUCGAAGAAGGCUGCGACACGGCGUACGGAAAAGGGUUCAGUGAAUCCAGUGGUGUAUCUCGAGUCAUUGAUGCUGUGAAGACAUACGCCUAUGCUUUGGAUGAGAUGGUUAUAGAAUAUUGCCUGAAGACCACCAAUUCAAGCCCGCCGUGUAACGUCAGCGAAAUGAUCGUCGAAGGGGAUACGCUCUUUACGCAUAUGAAAUCGGUGAUUGAGCCGGAAUCUCCCUACAGGUCGAUGUUCACUCACGCCUCCGGACAGGUUAUGCAGGAGCAGUACGAGCUGGAAGUUAUUAAGCUUAAGGACAGUCCCAAGAAGGAAUUCGAACUGAAGCGAAUCGGGGUGUACAAGUAUAAAGAGAGAAACCUGACAAUCACUGAACCGAAUAUCCCCUGGGGCGUGCCGGGGGACGCGGGUGAGUACAGCCCCCCGCCUUCAUAUUGCAGCCGGCCCUGUGAACCUGGCUUUAUCAGGACGGGGAUAGGGAGCCGCGAGUGCUGCUGGGAGUGCACGCCCUGCGCCGUUCGCGAUGUUGUGGUGAACGAGACUGUGUGUAUCACGUGCGAAAACCGAGAAAACCCAGAUGAUGCUCGGUUGAAUUGCGAGGCGGCGAAGCCUCUCUACAUCCACUGGGAGGACCCUGUCGCCAUCGUCCUGAUGGUCGUCACCUCGCUGGGCAUUCUCUCCACCGGUCUGGCCUUCUUUGGAUACUUCCGGAACAACAAGCACCCACUCAUCAAGGCCUCAAGCCGGGAGCUCAGCUACAUCAUGCUCCUCGGGGUGCUCCUGUGUUACGGUCUGGUCUUCUCGUUCUUCGGCCAACCCUCCGUGGCAACCUGCUACGUCAUCAGGAUCGGCUUCAUGCUGGGUUUCACCUUCACCUAUGCCCCUCUCUUGACCCGGGCCAACCGCAUUUACCGUAUCUUCAGGGCAGGGAAGAGAUCCACAAAGCGGCCGAGUUUCAUCAGCCCCUGGUCGCAGGUCAUCAUUGCGUCAGGCUUCAUUGUCAUCCAACUCGUCAUCAGUAUAACGUGGCAGAUCAAUGAUCCUCCAGCCCCAGUGGAGAAGGUCCCUACGGCGGGCAGCGUAGAGCUCAUGUGCAACAUCAACACAAACGAGAUGAUCAUGUCACUCAGCUACAACGUCAUCCUGGUCCUGCUGUGCAGCGUCCAUGCCUUCAUGACGCGCAAGGUGCCAAACAACUACAACGAGUCUCGCUUCAUCAGCAUGAGCGUGUACACAACCAUGGUCAUCUGGCUGGCGUUCAUCCCUUGCUUCUUUCUGCUCCCAGGAGCUGUGGUGCAGCUUGUGGUGAUGGCAGUGGCACUUAUCAUAAGUGGAAGUAUCACCCUGGCCUUCAUGUUCUUCCCAAAACUCUACGCCGUGCACUUUGUCUCUGAGGACAACGUUCAUGCUGCUGGGACCUACCGUGAUCCCGGCUCCAUCACCGACGCGGGCAACAUCGGCGUUGGUGGUGGUGGAAGUGGUGGCAGCAGUGGCAGUAGCAAGAAGAAGCUUGCUGCGCUUCGUUUCGAUCUCAACAGCACGGCCCGCUCCUUGAUGCGCAGCUCGAGUGUUGCGCCCACUACGGUGAACCUGAACUCCCAGAUCGACCUGAGGGACGACCUGGCGGUCCCGGAAGGGAAAACUCGGCAGAGAUGCUUUCAGUCACUGACUCCGAUCCAAACUGGGGACCAAAAUGACAUUAGUUGCACUGGUACCUGAUGGAAUCCAGUAACUUAAGAAAUCAGUGUACAAUAACUUCCGUCCUUUCAGACUUUAGAUCGCUCGUACCACCGGUGACCUCUGGCGACCUCUGGUGCUGUCAUUUUUUAAUAGGUGAUGUAGGGCAGUGGCGUAAUUGCGUGUUGACAACUGGGGGAUGAGGCAUGCAAAAUCCUGAAACCACACUGGAAAUUGCAAAAUAAUUCAAAAGCUCGGGGGGGGGGGCUGGACCCCAAUUGAUGCUAGAUGGCACUCUUCAUAAAUACAAUCGUGUGUGAAUAUUAUUGUACAUAAUACACCAAGACGAAAUACUUCCGCCUCCGAUUAUGUGACGUUUCAAAACUAAUAACUAAUUUUAAACUCGAUAUUUCAUUGGGUUGGAUGUUCUCUGGUCUAUAUCCACAGCUUGUUUUUCCACAACCACAACAUUUUUUUUAGUUCAGCACAAAAAUCUGGGGGGGGGGGGAACCAAUCACCCAUCCCUCUGGUCACAAAGUCGACAUCUGGCAUUGGUGGCGUGCCGAAAACUCGAUCUAGUAUCGACCUGUUCAGCAAGCGAUCACCUGAAGGUCAAACACCGCCUUCAACUGAUUGGACGCGCAACUAGGCGUGACGUUCCACUCUCGUUGCUCUUGGACAAAAACAACCAACCUGCAGAACCGUACCGUAGAGGUGGCGCACUUAUGCGAACCGACCAACAGCAACUUUCUGAUGACCUGAGGAUGAUUGGUAUUUGCUUGAACAAGCUACACCAAACCACUCAAAAUGAUGAACAAUGGAAACGAACAAUUAAACACGUUAUGAUGUAGUCACCGAGCAACGCCCGAGCGCUGCACGCACACAGACGUCACCAUGAUGGUGAUGAUCAUGCUGUGAA